AAAUAAAAAGAAAGAAAGAAAAUAUCUUCACUUAUUAUUCACUCUCCUUCUCCAGUUCUCUUCACUUAUUUUUCUCAACUUCUCUUUCUUUUUCUCUCCCAAUUUUUCCCGCCGUUCUGCUUCGACUAUUUUCUUCCCGGACUGUAGAUUCGGUUGUUUUCCUUCAGAAGGAUCGGCAUCAAUUCUCUAUUAUCUGAGAAAUUCUGCAGUCUUUAUAUCUGUUUCGGUUUUAAGACGAGGUUUGCAGGUUUAAGGAGGCGAGGCUGAGAGUCGUCUGAGUUAACCAGCGGUUUUUACCUCAGAGAGCAUACAAUUUCUGAAAGUUUCGAACGAAAGAGCUGCCCCUCUGCUGACUAAAGAUUGUGAUAUAUCGAAGGGUAAAAGAAACCUUUUAAUGACUGAACAGACAGCACAAAGUAAAGUACUACGCUCUGAAUAAUCGUCAUCAAUAUGUACAGAACACAACCACCACACCUGCUGCACUUCAACAUCUGUGCUUCUUAUCUCUCUCUCUAGAAUAACCUGCACCCUUCUUUCUUUCUCAUCGUAGAGAGGGAAAAAAUUAGGGAUAUAAAGCAUCUGCCAAAGGUCAAACGGGGUCUUCAUUUACGGAUCUUUGUUUUGCGUACUUAAGGAAUGAAAGUGUUAUGGAGGUGGUGGAUAAUAUUCAAGAACAACCGCGUAAGUUUCCAAGGUUAGCAAAUGGCAGAAGUAGUGACUCCAACGAGAUAGGGUUAAAAGGGGUUGAGAACAUUCACACGGGGGAUGAAAAAGACAAAGAAUCGAAAAGGGAUGGGGGCAUCACGGCGGGAGUUGGCGGUGGAGGUCUUGGAGGAGCUGAUGAUGAAACUAAUCGGCUUCGGGGGUGGCACCACUCCCGGAUUAUUAGGGUUUCUCGAGCUUCCGGCGGGAAGGACAGGCAUAGCAAGGUGUGGACUUCAAAGGGAUUAAGAGACCGUAGGGUUCGGUUAUCUGUAGCGACGGCGAUUCAGUUCUACGAUCUUCAAGAUCGGUUGGGUUUUGAGCAACCAAGCAAGGCGGUCGAGUGGCUUAUCAAAGCGGCCGCAGAUGCAAUAAAAGAGCUGCCUUCUUUGAAUGCUUCUUUUCCAGAAACUCCGAAACAGCUGAGUGGCGAAAAGAUUAGUGUCACUGAUCGACCCGGCCCGUUAGACUCAGUCGAGCAGAAGCAAAGCCAAUUACAUGUUUCUUUGUCCAAAUCUGCUUGCAGUAGUAACUCUGAAACCAGCAAGGGUUCAGGUUUGUCUCUUUCGCGAUCUGAGGUUCGCGUGAACCGCCUCAAAGCUCGUGAAAGGGCCAAGGAGAGAGCACAAAAGGAAAAGGAAAAAGAGCAAGACUCUUCUCGCAUUACCGAUCAUAAUCUCAGUUCCAUGACCCGAAACUCAUCUUUCACCGAGCUACUUGCUGGCGGUGCUGCAUCCGUUUCAGCUCAUCGGGAUGCCGGCGUGGCGGCAGAAAGGCAGUGGCAGUCGUCGACUGUUGCAAUGGAUUACUUCAGCUCGGGAAUUCUUGAGCCAUCCACUUCCAGAACUCACCAUUCUUCGGGCUUUUCUGACCAAAUGAAUCUGGGUACUUCUUUGCCACAAACAAUGUCAAGCACUCCUUUAUUUAGUAGCGUCUCAACUGGAGACAGUAACGCGGAGCAGCUUCAUCAGUUCUCAUUUGUUCACGAUGGCAAUAUAGUUCCCGUGGCCACAACUCAACCGGGGGGUGGCAACGACUACAGCCUCAAUUUCACCAUCUCUUCCAACCUUCCGGGUUAUUAUAGGGGGACCCUUCAGUCCAAUUCAUCUCUCUUGCCUCAUCUCCAGAGGUUUUCUCCUGUCGACGGAUCUAAUUUACCUUUCCUCUUCGGAGCGGCAACCUCGGCUGCUCCACAACUGGAAAAUCAUAACCACUAUCAGUUUUCGCCUGCAUUUGACGGCCGUUUGCAACUUUGCUAUGGAGGCGGGAACCGGCAGUCGGAACAGAAAGGAAAAGGAAAGGACUGAAUUUUUUGUACAGCAUAUUCCUCUCGGCCUAUCUUCUUCCUGGAAUAUAAAAGGGAAAGAAGGGAAGACUAGAAGCUGAGGCAGGUACUGUUCAAAUAUGUUGGUUCAGUUAUUUGGUUACUGCACAGGAGAGGUUUGAAUUUUUAAGCAUAAGUAUUUUAUGUCUGCUGAAUUCUUUUCCAGAUUUUGAUUGUUAUUUUUCUUAUUGUUUCACAUUUUGUGUUUAAAUCUUUUGAUUGCCCUUUGUUUUGAUAGCUGUUGUGUGCAAUGUUUUGAGCACUUGCAGUUUUUCCCCUCCAUUUGUGGAGCUGUUUUGUAUUGGUUUCUUAUUCAAUAAAAAUCCCAACUAAAAGAAAAAGAAAAAAACUCUUAACUUUUCCUUUUC